AUGUUUCGUAGAAAUAUUACACAGCUAAAGCCAUUAUUAACUAGGAAUAGUUUGAAGCAACAAUUACCAAGAUUUAUAUCUCAAGCCAAAAUGACAAAAAGCGAAGAAGAAUGGAAAGCAAUUCUUUCGCCACAGCAAUUCAGAGUCUUAAGACAACAAGGAACAGAAGCACCUUAUACAGGGGAAUACAAUUCUAAGCCUGCGACAAAAGCUGGAGUUUACGAAUGUGUUGGAUGUGGAAACCCAUUAUAUAAGUCACUGACGAAAUUCGAUUCCAAUUGUGGGUGGCCUGCGUUCUAUGAGGCUAUCCCAGACUCACUCAAAAUACUCAAGGAUCUGUCGCAUGGUAUGGUAAGGGAAGAAAUGCGUUGUAAUAAGUGUGAUGGUCACUUAGGUCAUAUAUUCAGAGGUGAAGGAUAUAAAAACCCUACUGAUGAAAGACACUGUGUUAAUAGUGUGUGCUUGAAAUUUAAAGAAUAA